AUGCAGAUUUUAUCAAAGCCAUUAAGAGCUGCUUCUCAAGUGCAAAACUUCUUGGUGAGGUCAAUCCAAGAUAACAUAAUGCUUGCUCAUGAGCAGUUGAGGAAUUAUCACAGGGAUAGUGGAGCUCCUAGGUGCAAGUAUCCCAUUGUCACACAUUUAUGCUUUGCUGAUGACCGGAUGGUCUUUAUGAAUGGUGAUGUGCAAACUGCCACUUCCUUCGCCACAACUCUAAAUAUCUUCUCAGCUAUAACAUGCCUAGUUGUUAACAACAUCAAAAGCAAUAUCUUUAUGUCUUCUUUGGAUAGUGUUACAGCUUAUGGCAUCAAAACUGUUCUUGGAUUCCAGGUGGGAUCUCUCCCUGUAAAGUAUCUUGGUCUUCCUCUCCUUUCCACCAGAUUGUCUGACUCUGAUUGCUUGCCUCUCACUGAUCAUGUCCUUGCAAGAAUAAAAUCCUGGAAAGCUAGUGUUUUAUCUUAUGCAGGUAGGGUGCUUCUAGUCAAGGCAAUUCUCAGCAGCAUGCUUAUCUUUUGGACUUCCUUCUUUGUACUCCCCAAGAAGAUAAUAAACUUCCUAAACUCAAUCUUUAGAAACUUCUUAUGGGAUGGUAUUGAGCUCAUCUACAAGCAACCUGUUGUGAGCUGGACUAUCAUUUUCCACCCUUACAAGGAAGGUGGUUUAGGUAUAAUAUGA